AGUAAGUCUCUCUCUUGAUUGGCAGGGAAGCAGGUAUGCUAAUCGCUUCAGGCACUCGCUUCCGGAAACAACAAAAAAGGACUUCUUGGUUGAGAACUGCCACAGAGGAUUCUCCAAUUCACAGAUUAGCCUGGACCAGAUAUCAUGGCUACAAAGAAAGCUAACAAUGAAGUUCAACAGCAACUUGAGAGCGUCUUCCAGAGGUUUCCACUACUGUUGGUGCAUGGGAUCCCUCUCAUGGAACCCAUCGCCCAACGUUGGGCUGAGGUUGAAAAUUUUGAAGCACGACCAGAUGACUUGGUCAUAGCUACCUAUCCCAAAGCAGGUACCACGUGGACGCAGGAGAUUGUCGAUCUCAUUCUUGCUGCUGGUGACACAGAAAAAUCUCAGCGGGCUCCGAUGCAGGUCCGAAUCCCUUUUUUAGAAUACUGUACUCCACCCCCUUUGCCUUCAGGUAUUGAUAGACUAGUCAAUGCACCUUCUCCUCGUGUGAUGAAAACUCACCUGCCGUUCCAGCUUCUCCCUAAAAGUUUUUUGGAAAAGGACUGCAAGAUUAUCUAUGUCGCUCGCAACGCCAAGGACACCGUGGUCUCCUAUUUCUUCUUCGACCAGAUGCAUUUGAUGCAGCCGGACCCAGGGCCGUGGAACGGAUACGUUACAAAAUUCAUGGAGGGCAACGUUCCGUGGGGCUCUUGGUAUGACCAUGUCCGGUGUUACUGGGAGAAGAAAGCAAACCACCGUAUUCUGUAUCUCUUCUAUGAGGACAUGAAAGAGGACUUGGUCCGUGAGAUCCGACGUAUGACGGAUUUCCUGGAGGUUGACUUGCCUGAGGACAUAGUCGAUAAGAUUGCCCACCAUACCUCCUUCCAGAUCAUGAAGGACAACCCAAUGGCAAAUUAUGACACUGUUCCCAGCACCAUUUUUGACAGGACAAAAAGCUCCUUUAUGAGGAAAGGUGAAGUUGGAGACUGGAAAAAUUAUUUCACAGUGGCUCAGAAUGAAGCUUUCGAUGCCGAUUACCUGCGAAAGAUGGAAGGAACAAGCUUGCAUUUCCGGAAUGUGUUAAACAGUCAGAAAAAAUUCUCCUAGAGCUUUUCUAUGAAGGACCAAAAUUGUUUCUGGCUGUUGUGGGUUUUCAGGGCUGUGUGGCCACAGUCUGGUAGCUUUUGCUCCUAACAUUUUGCUUGCAUCUAUGGCUGGCAU